AUAACAAGAUGGCGUCUCAAGCCGAAAAUGAUUGUUUAUCUAACCCAAAUUUUGCUGUUAUUUGUUCAUUUAUGGAUAGAUAUGCAGAAUUCUUAGGUCUUACUGAAAUAGGUUACAAAGAUCUACAAGAAUGGAUAGAAGACACAAAAAAUGUGAGUCCCUUGUUGAUAGAUCUCCAUGUGAGAUUGUUGCGAAGAAUUCACAAAAAGUUAUCCAAUGUUACUGCAGACAGAUGGGAGAGAGGAGUUGUAAAGUUUUGCUACAAGUAUUCAAAUGUUGAUGCUUGGGAGAUAGAAAGAUUUGGAUACAAGUUGGCCAAAAUAUCUACAAAACUUACUCUUUUAAAGAACUUAAUGGAAUCCCAGUUUGAUUGUAACAAUAAAUUUAAAGACAAAGUAAAUGAGAUAGCAAUAGAUGAGAUGAGAUUCCAGCCAAUUGGUAGAGAUAAAGAUGGUAUGGCAUACUGGUAUUUCCUGGAUAAAGAGCUGAAUUUACGUGUGUACAGGGAACAUCAAGAUGAUGUCGACUCUGAGUCUUGGGAACUUGUAUGCAGGAGUAGGGAUGAUCUUGCUAAAUUGGUAACAGGCCUGAAUUCUGGAGCAGACAUAAAGUUAGAUAAACAAGAUUCUUCUGACCUGUCAGGUGAUAUUGUUGCUCAUUUUGAACCAGUCAGUGACUUUAAUGAAGACUCGAGGGAUUCAUUUAAACAGAAAACACCUCUUGGCCCGUCACCCCUUACAGUUAAACAAGAGCCUGGAGAAGGUGAUACUGCUGAAACAAAACAACCUAUCCUGUUAAAAAUAAGCAAAUCAGAUAUACACUCGCCUAGCAAAAUGUUAAAAGAUAAAUUUGUUAAAGAGAAAGGUUCAGAAAUUCAAAGAAUUAUGUGUAAGAUGAAAGAAGAAGGUUUGAUAGAUUCUGAAAAUGAUGAUGAUGUGAUGAGAGUUAAAGAAAAAAAUGAAAAAAGUGACGAAGUUGAUGGUUCAGUUGAUAGUAAAGAUGAUCAGUGUAAUCAAACUGAAGGUAAAAAUAGUGAUAAAGAUAAGUUUAAAUGUGAAACUUUAAAGAAAGAUGGUGAAACUGAAGAUGUUUUGAAUGAAUUUGAUAAUAAAAAAGAUGUCAAGAAAGAAAUACCUGAUGAUAAAGAAAAUAAUGAAGAGAUAAAAUGUUCAAAAGAAGACAGUAAAGAAACAGAAAUAUCAGAUACAGUUACACAAGAAAGUGAUUUAAUAGAAAAUGAGGUUACUGAAGGCGAGCCCCAAGUUAGAAGUAAAAUUGCAAGAGAAUAUAUUUCUGAAGAAGAACACAUAAACACUGAUCAAGAUAAAAGAGAUAGUGAGAAUGAAAGUCAGAAUACUGAAGAUGUUGAUGAAAAGAAUGCUAGUAGUGCAAAUGUCAUGAAAUCAUCAGGGAGUGAUGCUGAGAAAGAUAAUGAAACAAGUGAAAACAAAAGCUUAAGAAAAUCUGAAAGUGCCAUUGAAAAUAAAAAUAGUGAACAAAUGUCUGAGAAGUCAAAAGAAAAUGACCAAAAAACUGGAAAAUCGGUUGAAGCUUGUGAGCUUGAAACAGAAAAGGACAAAAUUGAAUUACCUCCAACAUGCAAACUGUCUGAAACUGAAAAUUUAAAUUCGUCAAGUGAGUUGGCAAUGGACUUAAAAUCUGGAUCUCAUAGCAUCAAAAAUGACACAGUUGAAAUCAAUGAAAAAGUUCUUAAAGAGUGUGAAAAUUUGGAUGAAGGUGCACCUCAGCUGUCUGAUGAUAAAAGUGAUAUAGAUAAAGCAUCAGAACUCCAUACUGCUGAAAAAUUAGUUGAAGAAAAUAAUGAUAGAAGUGUAAUAAGUGGUAAAGAAGUAAAAGCAGAAGAAUGUGACAAAGCUGAAAAGACUGCUGAAAUCAGUUGUGAAGCGAAAGAAAAUGAAAGUGAAACAUGUGGUGCAAACAGUAUAGAAGAAGUUACCACAGAGUCUGUAUAUACAAAAACUCAACCAAAUGAAAUGGAAGUAAGCUCAGAGCAAAAUAAUUUAGAAAACAGUUCUGAUAAAAAUAAAUGUUCAGAUAAAGUUGUAAAUGAGGAAAGUGAAAAGUUGGGGGUACAAAGUGUUGGCAAUGUUGAACAAGACACAGAAAAUCAAUCAUCAGAAAAAGACUCCGAAAUCAUAUCCCCUGAAAACUGUAAUGAAAUCCAAUCCCAUAAAAAUGACACUGAAAUUAAAUCCACUGAAAUUAUAUCUGGGGCAAAAGACACUGAUAAAAUAUCCCCUGAAAAAGACACAGGAAUAAAAGUUCCUGAAGAGGGCCCUGAAAUCAAGUCCUCUAAAAAUGGAACUUCGGUAAAAGGGACUGAAGACAAAUCUCUUGUAAAAGACACCGAAAGCAAACUUUCUGAAGAAGGCCCUGAAACCAGUUCUCUUGAAAAGGACACUGAUGUGAAAAAAGCAAGAAAAAGGAAAAAAGAUGAGAUGAAAACAGAAAAAGGCAGUAGUUCAACUGAAGAAGAAAUUGAUAAUGAAUCAAAGCAGCCAUGUAAAAGGCCUGUAAAAUCUGCAGUAAGGAAAAGUCCAAAAAAGCAAGCAGAGAAGGAAGAUGCUAAUCAAACUAAAAUUGGUGAAGAUGAAGAGGAAAAUAAGAUAACUGUAGAAAAAAGUGAAGGUGAUAAAGAUGAAAUAAAGUCUGAUAGAAUUGUAAAUGAAGUAUCUGAAACAAUAUGUGAAGUUGAAGGAAAAAAUAAAGAAGAGAAGGGGCAGAAAGCAGUUGAUGAAAGUGAGAAAGACACAAGUGAAUUUGAAGAAAAGGCAGAAUCAGAAAAUGAGCUAGUAAACAAAUCUCAGAGAAAGGUUAAGGGACUUGUAGCUCAUUCUAGAAGAAGUAAAUCAAAGGCACAGAAACGACAGGCUGAAAAUUCAGAUGACAUGGAACCAGCAGAACCAGCUUCAAAAAGGUCAAAAUUGAGAGGUCGUGUCAGCUCUAGAGGAAGAGGAAAGAGAAGGGGAGUUAAUUUUGACUCUUCAUCAUCUGAUGAUGACGUACCUCUUAGCCAGGUGGCAGGGAGGGGCAGGGGAAGCAACUCAAGAGGGAAAGCAGCAAAAGCUGUUGGCAAACAACAGAAGGAAGUUGUUGAGGAUCCACCUAAGAAGAAGAAAGUUGAAGUGGAGGAGAAAAAGUUUAAUAAUACAGCGGUGCCUGAAAUUCCAUCUGAUCUCAGUGAAGAAGAUACAGGACGAAGACGUAGUGCACGAGUUAGAAAUAUGCGUGCACGUAAAAAGUCUCCAUCACCAGACUAUAUUCCCAGUGAAUUGGAAGAAUCAGACGAUGAUUUCUUUGAUGAUGAUGAUGACGAAUUUAAAUUGAAAUCCAAGAAAAGGAAGAAAAAAGAACCUAAAGAGGUUAUAGAAGAAGUGCCAAAAGGUAGAAAUGCUCUUCGCCAUGAAGCCAAGGCUAACAAAAAAGGAACAAAAGUUGUAGAAGAGGAGGAAGAGCAAGCAGCCUGUGUUAAAUGUCUCCGAUCUCAUCAACCAGAAUGGAUUUUGUUGUGUGAUAAAUGUGAUGCUGGGUACCAUACAGCAUGUUUGCGGCCUCCAUUAAUGAUCAUACCAGAUGGGGAUUGGUUCUGUCCUCCAUGUGAACAUACAUCAUUAAAGGAAAAGUUGGAGGAAAAUCUGAAAAUGUUGGACCAGGCUAUCUUGAAGAAUGAUAGACUGGUUAGAAGGAAAGAACGACUUGCCUUUGUGUCAGUAAGCUUGGACAAUGUUUUGAAGGAACCAGAACCAGGGGAGGUUAAAAAGGAAAGAUCUCGUAAGAAACCGAAGUACAGAGGAAGUGAGGAUGAAUCUGGGAGUAGUACCAGCAGUGAAACAGGAAGUUCAGGAUCUACCUCCGAAUCAGAGAGCUCUUCUGAAGUGGAGAGAUCUCACCAUAGCAAAAAAUCAAAGCCAAAAUUUAUCCAGAGAGCUUGUAGAACUAAGAAAUCUGUGAGCUAUAGAUUUGAAGAGUUUGACGAAUUAAUCAUGGAUGCUAUUGAAGAAGAUCUGAGCAUUCCAAAGGAACCUAAACCAAGGAAAAUUAAGCCACCAGGUAUAAGCCGAGGGAAGGAUAUGUCAAACAUACUUGGUGCGUCUGAUGAGGAAGCUCCUAAGAAACCAGUACGUAAACGUAAGCCACGUCUCACUGAGCUAGAUGAAGACAUAGAUGAUGAUGAUGAUACUGACGACUAUCAGCUCUCAGAUGCUUCGAAUGGUUCUGAUGCGACUAAAUCAUCAGUAUACGAGAGUGAAGAGGUUAGUGAAGAUAGUAUCGAGUCGUCAUGGAGAUACAACUCAAGGUCUACAAGGAAGUCUCGAAGAAAGGGAGGCAGAAACAGGAAAUAUAAAGAUGACUUUGUUGUUGAUAGUGAUUUUGAAAGUGAUGAAGACUCCACAAGGCGGUCAAAAAGACGCCCUCGCCGCGGGAAGGUGAACUACAGAGAAAUAAACAGUGAUGAAACUGAAGUUGAAGACAAUGAUGACUCAUUUCAUUCUUCGGAGCUGAGUGAUUCAGAUUUUGAAGCAAAGAGAAAGAAGAGGAAUGAGAGAAAUAAAAAGGUGGACAGUAAGGAGAGGCCACGGUCAGGGAAGAGACAACGGAUUAGGAAAGUUUUAUCUUCUUCUGAAAGUUCUGAGGACGGUUCCGAUGAUUCUACUCCAAGAAAAAAGAAGGGAAAGAAACCUCCAUCGAAAUCAGCCAGAUAUGACAGUGAUGAAACAGAUGAGAGUUUAGAGAAGGUGAAGAUGAAGAAAUCCAAGAGCAAGAAAUUCCAGGAACUUUCCGAUAUGUCUGAAACUGAGGCAGAGGAAACUGAAGAAUCUGACUCUUCUGAAACUGAGGUCAGUGAAUCUGACACAAACAAAACAAACAGGAAGAAAAAGAAUGUGAAGAAUGUAUUAAAGUCCGAUUCUGAGGAAGAGGAAGAAGAUAAAGAAAAGACAGAUGAGAAGAAAAAUGUUUUAAGUGAAUCUCAUGAUACUCAUUCAAGUAAGGAAUCAGAAGAAAGUGGUUGGGAGGAAAUUGGUGUGGAUAGUGAUGAUGAAAACGUGACUGGUUCUAAACGUAAAGACAUGGUAGAUAAAAGAAGUGAAACUGCUGAAAAAAAAGGUAACCAACAGAAAGCAAAGACAGUUGGGCCUUCCAAAUUACCUAAAAAUGUAACCAAAGAACAACUAGAAGAUACUGAAGAAGAGGAAAAGAUGGAAAGUGCAGAUGCUAAAGCUGGAAGUUUGAAUAUUGAAAUAAACAAGUCUGACGAACAAAGAAUGGAAUCAGAUGCUACAGGAACAAAGGAAGAGAAUGAAAAAAUAGCAGACAAUGAAAAAGGUUAUUCUACACCUGAAGUAACACCUCAAAAGAAAAAGAGAGGAAGAAAAAGUAAAAGUGAAAAGGCAGCAGAGGACAGCAGUACUACACCAGAAGUUACACCAAAAAAACGUGGAAGAAAACCAAAAGCAAAACCAGAAGCUAGUGAAACUAGUGUAGAUGAAACACCAAUUAAAAAGAAAAGAGGCAGAAAAGCAAAGUCUGAAAUAGAAGCUGAAAGUGAACAUGUAGAUGAUAAGGUAGUAACAGACAACAGUGUUAUUGUAGAAAAUAAGACAGGAAGUGUUUCUGAAGUUAAAGUUGAAGGAUCUGAAAAUAAUGAAGAAUCUCAUAAAUCAGAAGAGCAAACUGCGGAUGAAAAGAAUGAAACUGAGGUUUCACAAACUAUUGAAAAGGGCAAAGAUGAUAGUCCUUUGUCAGCAAGAAAUAAACAAAAUGCUCCUGUAGGGGUUGUGAAACCAGAAGUAAGACAAGGUGUUAUAGUUGAAAACAAACAGGUGAUAGACGGUAGAUUAAAUGAAAGUAGAGCAGGUGAAAAUGUUGUAAAUCCACUUCAAGGAAUGAGGGAUCUGGCUAUGGGAAAUCAGAACAUACAGGGCUCUCAUCAAAGCAGUUUUACCCCAUAUUCGCAGCCUAACUAUCAGGGUCAGAAUAUGCCAGGCUAUAUGGGCCAGUCAGGCUUCCAGGGAUACCCCCAUCAAGCACCACCUUUUAGCCAGGGUGGUCCAGGGUCUACUCACCCAUAUCAGAGUCCCCAGGGAAUGCCUUCAGGUGCUCCACCUCAAUAUCCACCUAACCAGGGACCUAUGUCUCCAAACAGCUACCAGCAACAUGGGCCUUACAUGGGAUCGAUGCCGCAAGGACCCCCAGGCUACUUUCCUGGAAACUAUAGACACCCUAUGGGACACCCAGAAGGAUUUGGACAUUCAAAUCCUCAUGGUCCAAACCCUCAGUAUUAUCACCCCAACCAAGGCCCAUAUCAAGGACAAAGACAUGGUUAUCCAGAACAUGCUGGUCCUUACCAUAUGGGCUCUCAGGGCCCAAUGCCUCACCCACCAAACCAGCAGGGACCUGGUCCCUUUCCUGGAAUGCCUUAUAAUUAUCCAAAUGUGCCCCAGCAAGGACUACAUAGACCAGGAUUUGGUCCAGCUGGACCUCCGCAAAACAUAAGCCCUAAUCAGCCAGUGAGACCACAGACUAGGCAUGCAGGACCACCAAUAACGUUGCAAGGGUCUACUCCAAACCCUAGGACAGAAACUGAAGUUCCAAACAGGGGCUUUAUGAUGGACAACAUUCUGAAACCUAAUUCUGAGGGAGUAUCUAAUGAUGUAGAAGAUAGUGCUGAAGUAUCUGACAUAGACAGAUAUACUUCAUUUCUUUGUAAAACAGAGUAAUUAUUAAUUUGAAACAAAAACAAAGAAACAUAUUUACUGUACAGACCCAGACCACUAGAACACCACAGUGACUAUGAAAACAUAUUUAGAAUAAUUUUGUAAAUGAUUUUUUUUUGUUUUGAGAAAUUAAGUUUUCCUUAGUUUUCAGUGAAAUUUAAAUAUGUACAUAAAUAUACAUAUUAUAUUUUAGGUUGACCCUACAGAGCUUGUAUUUCACUAAGAAUUUGUACACUUGGUAUGUGUUCACAUGUAGUUGUGUAUAUGACAUUAAAACAUUCCCUAUGCAUAACGAUAGCUUUAUCUUUGUUAGUGCAAGAUAUUUAUUUUAUCACAUUUAAACAACUGCCAGUUGUGCCAUUAAAUUCAAAGAAAAUAUUAUGAAUUGUCAUGAUUAAAAGCAAUUUUAGUUAUUCACAAUGCAAUAGUCUUGCUUUAGAUAAUGUAAAAUCAUUUAGUUUUUUUUGGUAUAAAAUUCUGUGGUUUUGUCCAAAAGGGUAUUUUGUUGUGAUAAAAAUUUGAGGAUUUUGGCUUACCAAAAUGUAGGAACGGGAACUUUGCUGGAUAGAUAGUAUUUAAUUGCAUGGAUUGACAUGUCCACGAAAUCCAUGAAAAUCAGUCUACCACACAUAUUAAUGAUUUUACAAUAGAUUGCUUAAAAGAGGGCAUUAAAACAUAGCUGGUUGAUAUAUAAAUAAGUGUUGUAGAAUCAUAACUAACUUGAGUUAUUUCAGUAUAUGUUUGUCACUAUGUAAUUCUAUAUUCUUUGAUUAGCUGUCAGUUUUACAAGAAAUUUUUUAUGCUUGUGUUGUGCAUGUGUUAUGGUACACCAUUAAAACAAAUGUUUUUUAAAACAUGCAUAUAUUUUAUGUUAGUCUAGACAUUGAAAAUCAUGACUUGCUACGCAAUAACUAGAUCUAUUAAUAAACUUUGUAACUAUGAUGGAAAAAGUAGUUUUUCCAUGUUGAAGCAACAACUUGCAUGCAUUCCCAGCCAAACAAUAGCAUACUAAUGCUCGCUGUUUUCUUGGUUUUGUAACUGUAGAUCAAGGCUGGUAAUUUAUGUGUAUGUCAAACAUUUAUUUUAGAGGACAGAAGUUCUACAAGGAAAAUACAAAGAAAGAUAUUUAAUUUUGAAAAAUGUUGAAAUGUCAAGACUUAAAAUGAUAAUGCCAAAGAUAUUGACAACUUUCAUCAUAAAUCACACUUCUGAUAUCAUUGUCUUGUCCAUAUGUCGUCUUGGCUAAACGUUUUUGCAAAUAAAAGAUUUCAUUUUAAUCCAGUUUCAUGUAUGUCGGACUUACAAGAUAUUUAUAUAUUAUAUUAGGUGAUGUCUCAUUGUAGCAAUUGUAUAUUUUCAUUGAAUUUGACGGGUGUAAACUCAUGAAGUUCCAAUCUUUAGAGCCAGUAGUAGUAUGUUAUACAUGUAGUUAUGCAUUGUAUUUUUCAAAGGAGAAUUCUUCCAUAUCCUACCCUUUGAAAUGAAAUUCCAAAUAUAUCCUUCUAUAAUAAUUGGAUCUAGUUUUCUAAUGAAUUGUUUUGUUGUUAAGAAAACACACAGUAACUAAGUUGUCAUUAGUUCUUUGCCAUAUUUUGGAGAUGUUCCAUUAAGGACAAGGUGGUGUCUGUAGUAUUUUAUAUGUCUGUGUCAUAUUUAUUUACAUUCUUGGUCUGAAUGAAGCUUUGUGUUUGAUCUAUGAUAUCUGUAACAACAGUUUCCUAUGAUUUCUCUUUAAGUAUUAGACAAUACCUUAACUGUUAGCCCCAAACAACACCAAAUCAUAAAAAGAAAGGGCUGUCAACAUCAGAUAAAAGAAUGUAUUACUCUACAAAACAGUUGUCAAUUACUGAUAUAUACAUUGAAUUUCAGAAAAGGACUGCACUAAGGGGGCACACUUUCGGACAGUUCAGAACCUUUGAACACUCACCAUAUUCAGCUUUGGUCUUCUCCGUUGUAACUAGCAUCCACGAUGAUCUCCAUUUUUUUUACUUUCAGCUAUGACUUUACUUGCCAAAGAAUUCUUAUAAAACUUUCAGGGUCUUUUUAACAUAAAAGUGACGUUUUCAUGCUAAAUUCUUUUAGAAUUAACAAAAAACAAACAAAACAUUUUGUUUUGAAAAUUUUCAUGGGCUAGAAAUCAAGCUAUAAAAUAGGCAUUAUGAAUAUUUUUUUACACCUCUCCCCAGGAACCUUAAAAAUAAUGUUCAUAUCAUAUGUAGAACUUGCAAAAUAUAACUGAAAUUCAUGAAAAGACCUGUCAACUUAAGAAUGUUUCAUUUUAUGUCUUUUUAUAUUUUUUGCACAGAAUUUGAUAUUUUGAUUCUGCCUUAGUAGUCCAUAUCUGCAGAAAACUCUGAAUUUAUUUUAGCAUUGUGUAUGUAUUACAGACAGAUUGCAAUUUUUUUAUCUCAUAACAGACUCAUACUAUUACAGGACUUGUCAUUCUCAUCUUUUAAUUUUGUGUAAUACCAUGAUUUAGCAAAAUAGUAACUUGAGCCAAAAUAAUCGUGAGAUUAGAAGGUAAUAUUUUGCUUGUUGAAAUUGAAUUUAGAAAAUAACAACACACAAACACAAUCAUAUUGCUAGACAGUACUAGACUACAGAGAUAUGUUUAUUAAUUGAAAGCAUUUUUUGUUUACCUUAGAACAAAGUGCUCAUGGUGAGCUUUUAUGUUUUGACUGUCGACCAGUAGUCAACCAAAAUUCUUUUGUUUGCAUAUACAUGUUUAUCAGAACACUUAAAAGAAGCCUUUCAAUGAAGAAAAUUAUGCUGCAGGCAGCUUUGUUCUUAUUCUUGUUAGUUUACAAGAUUGGAAAUUUCCACAAAACAUUUGCCAUGUUAUGUGCACUGUCUGAUUUACCAGACAUUAAAUCCUUUACAAUUGUUCAGUUGUAUGAUAGCAAAGCUGCUAUAUAACUUACAAUAAAGUAUUUUAACUGUGAAAUGUUAUGGAUGUAUUUUGUUUGGAUGUUAUUAUUGUAUUUAGAUUUUUAAUGUAUAAUAUUAUAUGAUCUGAUUUUAAUCACUGUGCAUUUUCUACAGAAAUACCUCUUUUUCUAUGAAUUAAAAUGUAAUUAUAUGAUUA